AGGAAACCGUUUAGGUGAUGUAAACAAAAUAUUAUGGUUGGGCGUGUCACAGUCAAUUAUUUUUCAGUUUUGAUUUAACCGUAGACAUGAAAUUUUCCGUUUUAGGGGUUUUUCUUCUCCUAGCCUUGUUCGAUUCAGGUUGGGCGUUGGAUUGUUUCGUGUGCAAUUUGCAAGACAGCAACAACGAAAAAUGCACGCAGACAAUAAUGACGUGCAAGCAGAACGAGGAAAUGUGCCUCACGGAAAUCAAAUGGGGGACUACACCGUACUGGCAAGCCGGAGCGCAGAAACAGUAUUAUUUUAGCAAGCGGUGCGCCCGGAAAGAACAUUGUAGAAGGACGAUGAAUAAAUACUUGCCGUACUGCACCUAUGUUUGGUAUGAAGACUGGAAGUGCGUCGACUGUUGUGAAGGCGACAAAUGCAAUUACUACGUAAUUAGUGGAUCCAGUAGAUCGAGCUUAAGCAUCACUCUCGCGGUAAGUAUAGCAGGUAUUUACAUAAGAAAAUUGCUUAAUUUGAGCUGUUGAAAUUGCAGAACUCUUUUGUUUUAUUUACUUUAUAAAGAUUUCAUAGAUUAACAUUAACAUAUAAACUAUCAUCUAAAACGCAAGUUUCAAAGCAUAGGCUCUUUUGUACAGUUCAAAUAAAUUUUAAACAAGUUGUCAUUUUGUUAGAUUGUAAGAAAAUUUCAACAUGUACAUAAACUAUUUAUUCAGAGGUUAAAAAGAGAAAUAAAUUAAACUAAACAUCCUUUUUGCUUUUACAUCGUUAAGACUGUUUAAUUUAUACAAUUCCCAAAAUAUUUUAUGACAUUAAAGGGGGAAGUUUUCUGUUCAGCUCAUUCAAAAAGGAGUAAAUUAUUCAAAUAAUAAAGUAUAAUUAAGCACAGUUGAUUACAUUAUGGAAAUGACUUACUAUUUAACUUGGAAUUCUAUUUGCCAUGGUUUAACUUAAUUAAUACAUAGAUUUGUUUUAUAUCUCUAUUAUGUGAAAUUGUAUUAUAUUGGUAGAUCGUGUAUUGUCUUUGAAUUUU